AUGUCUGGCCUCGCGCGGAAACUCGUGAUAUUUGCAGCCGUCGACGGUCUAAUAUUAGAGCAGAGGGGCCGCCCGGCCACGAAAAUCACAUACAAGGACAGCAGCAUCUUGCAGGUGCCUAAAGAUGGGACCAGGGGUGAAGGGACGGGCAAAUCUUUCGAGGCCUUUGGGCUUGUUGGCCUAUUGACAGUCUCAAGGUCCUCCUUUCUGAUAUCCAUAACAAAACGCCAGCAGGUCGCGCAGGUCCACGGGAAGGCUAUCUACGUCAUUACAGAAGUCGCUAUUACACCGCUAUCUUCCAAGACCGAGGCGGAAUCCUCAAUCGCGAACACCCACGCUUCCUUGCUGACGGACGAUCCGGAGCAUGUAGAUGUGAGCGAUACAGAUGGAGAGGAAGCUGGCCAAGCUGGAAAUACCAACGACGAUGUUGAAGACGAGAGCUUACCGGCCGGAACAUUAUCUGCACCAGCUGCACACAGGAGAAGAACGAGUGUUGCAGAAGAUGUUAUGGCCCGGAAAGGCGGGUACGGCAGGUUCGCCCAGAAAUGGUUUUCGAAGGAAGGGUGGACUGCGGAUCAGCGAAGGAAUCUGGGAAUGACUGAAUCUGGACCUGAUGCCGCUCAGGACAAGCCUGUUCAUACAGAGGUAUCUGCACAAGAGUCCGGCUUACCUGCCCCGUCCAAAGAACCCAGUGCGAGCAGUCAAUGCUCUGUUGAUGUCACAGCAGCACUGCUCCCAAAGCUGCUGCGCACCACAGCUAUGCUCUUCGGCUCUUCCCAGAGCUUCUUCUUUUCUUACGACUUUGACAUUACCAGGAGUUUCGCAGCCCGAGAAACGUCUGGUACCGAGGCACCGCUUCACACCCAGGUCGAUCCGUUGUUUUGGUGGAAUCGCAAAAUCAUCCAGCCCUUUGCGGAUGCUGGUCAGAGCUCGCUUGUUCUGCCUCUGAUGCAAGGCUAUGUUGGACAGAAAUCGUUUGAGAUGAAUCCUAACCCUCCUAAAACUGCGGUUGGCGCUGAUUGGGUGGAGAAAUCGUCUAUGGAGCUGGAAGAUCUCUCAGCAGUCACAAGCUCCCACAGAAGCAGCAGAGAGUCGGGCGCUACUGGUCUCAAUCACAGCCAAUCCAGUAUUAAGCCUUUCUUAUUGACUUUGAUCUCUCGGAGAUCUGUCAAGCGAGCCGGGCUACGUUAUUUGCGUCGUGGCGUAGAUGACGAAGGCUUUACCGCUAACAGUGUCGAGACUGAACAAAUACUUUCAGAUCCAUCGUGGAAAUCUAAAGUAUACUCGUUCAUCCAGGUCCGAGGUAGCAUUCCGGUCUUUUUCUCCCAGUCUCCGUAUUCCUUUAAACCUAUUCCACAACUACAGCACUCUGAAAAUAUAAACUACGAUGCUUUCAAACGCCACUUCCAGAGACUCUCGGAUAAGUAUGGAUCCAUUCAAGUCGUGUCACUUGUCGAGAAGCAUGGACCUGAAUCUAUAGUCGGCGACCGGUAUGACAGUUUUACAGAGCGCCUGAAUUCCUCUGAGGAGCAGAAAGUAGGCUUUGAAUGGUUUGACUUUCAUGCCAUCUGCAGAGGCAUGAAAUUCGAGAAUGUCAGCCUGUUGAUGGACGCUGUGGGAGAGAAGCUCGACAGUUUUGGCCAAACCAUCGAAGUAGAUGGUAAGCAGGUGUCGAAACAACGAGGCGUCCUGCGCACGAAUUGUAUGGAUUGCUUGGAUCGGACGAACGUGGUCCAAAGUGCCUGUGGCAUGCGAGCACUUGAGGGUCAACUGAAGGCGGAGGGCAUAGACAUGAGUCUCCAGCCCGACCAGACUACCCAAUGGUUUAACUAUCUGUGGGCCGACAACGGCGAUGCAAUAUCAAAGCAGUACGCAUCAACUGCUGCAUUAAAAGGAGAUUUCACACGUACUCGAAAACGAAAUCUUCAAGGUGCCAUCAACGAUAUGGGUAAUUCAAUCCAGCGAUUUUACAGCGGAAUCGUAAAUGACUACUUUUCCCAAGCAGCCAUCGACUUCCUCCUCGGAAACGUCACCUCCGUCGUCUUCUCCGAUUUCGAGUCCAAUAUGAUGUCCUCUGACCCGGGAGUCUCCAUGUCGAAAAUGCGCCAGCACGCUAUCGAAACCUGCCAAAAGCUUGUCAUCGCCGACGAGCAUGAAGAGAUGAUCGGCGGCUGGACGCUCCUCACCCCGCACCUCCCCAACACCAUCAAAUCUCUACCUUUCGAGGAGCUAGUCCUACUAUUAACAGACGCCGGGCUGUACUCCUGCCGCUUCGACUGGGACAUGGAGAAGGUGUCGAGUUUUGAGCGCAUCGAUCUGCAGCACAUUGCAAGCAUCAAGGUCGGAACGUAUAUCACGAGUGUGCUAUCCGCAGUGCAGGCAGACGAGGAACACAACGUCGGUUUUGUGAUUACGUACAAAGCUGGCACGGACGACAUCACCCGCGUCAACACGCGAUCCAUGUUAAGCAUCCGGGCCCGCGACGAGGCGGAUCUGCUGGAUGGCACGCCUGUGCAAACGGGCGCCCAGUCUCUCUUCCAAAGCCUCACAGGAGCAGGAAGCACGCCGGCUCCUGAGAUGCGCAUCCUGGCGCUUAAAGCGCUCUACGCGCGCUCGGCUGUUGCAGUUGAUGGCAACGACACGAUGCUGAGCGAGGUGGAGCAAGCUAGGACGAUCUGCGCGGAGAUUGAGCGGAUGGUGCUGCAUGGACGGGUGAUGGAAAUUGGCAGCGAGAGGAAGGGAGUGGUGGAGGCGGGCGAUGUGAUCAGCCUGGCGGAGGCGAAGAAGAGCACAGGGAUUCUGGAACAGCUGUCGCAUAGUCUGAAGAAGCUCGUUUGGGCUUAG